AUGCCCGUGAAGGAAGUCCACAGGGGGGCCAUGGCACCACGUUCCAAACAUGCUGAGACCAAAAGCAAACAUAAUGGAUUGGCAGAUGCUUUAAAGGAGAAGGAAAUAAACUCUGUCCAACACUUCACAAAACAAAACAAGGACUCAGACCAACAGAGGGCAGCUAACCUGAAAGAGCUAGAUGAUGAGGAAUACUCUCCUAAUGAGGAUGGAAAAGGGACCAAAAAGAGACUCAGAAAACCCCCCUCAGCAAAUAAUUCACCUAAAAAAUGUAAAGACGAUAAAGCUCCACGACUUUUGGCUGCAAUCAAAAGACGAAGUGCAGUGGACACUGAGGACCGACCUUUCAAAUGCACACACUGCCACUGGGCUUUCAAGAAACUCUGCAACCUCCACAGCCACUUGCAAACCCACUCUGGCCUCAAGCCACAUGUGUGUGACAUAUGUGGCAAGGCUUACUCACAUCAGGGAACCCUGCAACAGCACAAGCGUCUGCACACUGGGGAAAGGCCGUAUCGCUGUCCCUUCUGUGACAAAACAUACAUCUGGUCCUCAGAUUACCGCAAGCACAUCCGCACACACACCGGCGAGAAGCCCUACAUCUGUGAAACAUGCGGCAAGGAUUUCAUCCGCUCCUCCGACCUGAGGAAGCAUGAGCGGAACAUGCACACCAACAACAAGCCUUUCCCAUGUACGCACUGUGGCAAGACCUUCAACAAGCCUCUCUCCCUGAAACGCCACGAGCGCAAGCACCUUGGAGAAAGGCCCUUCUCCUGUCCAGACUGUGGCAAAGCAUUCGCUCUAGCCAGCCGCAUGGCCGAGCACCAGAAGGUCCACAUGGGAGUGCGGCCGUUUGUUUGCUCCGUGUGCUCCAAGUGCUUCACAAAAUCCUCCAAUCUAACGGAGCACAAAGCCAUUCACAGUGGAGUGCGGCCUCAUAAGUGCGGAGAGUGCGGCGUGGCGUUCGCCAUGGCCUCCCGUCUGGUUCGUCACCAGUUCGUUCACAACAACCAGAAGCCGUACGGCUGCACGGGCUGUGGCAAGAACUUCAGCCACCUCGCGCAGCUGAAGCUCCACCAGGAGCAAACCUGUGCCGGCAGGAUCUUUGUCUGUGUAGAGUGUGACAAAUCUUUCCAGUGUGCCACAAAGCUUGCACAGCAUGUGGCGGAACACAAAGAGAAAAAAAUGUGA